CGCACCUGCCGGCCGUGCUGCCCGCGGGCCCGGUGCGGACGCUACAGUCGGUAUCCCGCUGCAGGCUCUAGACCCUGCCCGCCGCUUCUCGGGAGGAGACCAUGCCACGCUCCUUCCUGGUGAAAACGCACUCCAGUCACAGGGUCCCCAACUACGGGAAACUGGAGACACAGAGAGAAGCUAAUGGCUCCUGCUCUGCCUGCAAAGAGCUGGUGGGGUCCCGCCACCUACCAGCCAAGGAGGCCCUUUCCAUGCCCAGUGACCCGCUACAGCCCGGGGACAGCACCUCUGCCAUUGCCUGCAUCUCUCUACCUCUUCAGCUGCAUCGUGGGGAAGCUCUGGGAACCUCUGGGCCAGAAGCCCAGGAAACCAGCUGGGUGGGCCCUCGGACUGGCCAGGCCCCCAGUGUGCCCCUCAAAGACAGCUUCAAUCUGCCUCCACUGUUGGUGCUGCCAACACGGUGGCCGCCAAUCCUGGGCCCAGACGGGGCUCUAGGUGAACAUCUGAGGGCUGUGGGACCAUCGCGAGUCCCAGGUAGUUUUGAGUGUACCCACUGCCACAGGCCCUAUUACACAUUAGCUGGCCUGGCCAGGCACCAGCAGCUGCACUGCCACCUGCCGACUGGGCGCACCUUCACCUGUAGGUACUGUGACAAGGAGUAUGCCAGCCUGGGUGCCCUCAAGAUGCACAUCCGCACCCACACGCUGCCUUGCAUCUGCAAAGUGUGCGGCAAGGCCUUCUCCAGGCCCUGGCUGCUCCAGGGCCACAUCCGCACCCAUACAGGUGAGAAGCCCUAUACUUGUCCUCACUGUAGCAGGGCCUUCGCUGACCGCUCCAACCUGAGGGCCCAUCUGCAGACUCACGCUGGGACCAAGAAGUACCAGUGCACUGUCUGCUUCAAGGCCUUUUCCCGAAUGUCUCUCUUGGCGCGGCAUGAGGAAGCUGGCUGCUGCCCUGGCCCCUAGAGGCACAGGCAGGGUAGAGGGGUCACUCCUGACAAUAUUCUCAGUGGUCCUGUGUCAUCCAGGACGAUCAGAGGAGGCAGGGCCCGAGCCCACUGUUGCCUGUGUCCUGCCAGAACCAAGCUUAGUGGAGCCUUUGGGCAUCUUUCUUUAAGGCCUAUACUCAGAGACUUAUUACGACAAGGCUCACCAAAAUAAGAACCAACAGUUCCAUUUUCAGCCUGGUCUGUCUGCAGGACCUAUUCUGAAAAGGAGAGACUAUUGGGAAGUGGCUAAUG